CGCCGUGUCCUCGCCAUGGCCGGCAACGGGGCCCCGGGGUCCGGCCCCGCGCUGGCGGAGGAGGAGGAUGAGGAGGAGGAGCCGGCGCUGGGCUGCGAUGGCGACCUGGAGGUGAACCCCUACGAUGGGCUCCCCUUCUCCUCCCGCUACUACGAGCUGCUGCGGCAGCGCCGGGACCUGCCCGUCUGGAGCACCAAGUACAGCUUCAUGGAGCACUUGGAGGGCACCAGCGGCAUCAUCCUGGUGUCCGGGCCCGCGGGCACCGGCAAGAGCACGCAGAUCCCGCAGUGGUGCGCGGAGUACGCCCUGUCCCUGCAGUUCGCCCAUGGGCUGGUGGCCUGCACCCAGCCCCACAGCCUGGCCGCCCUCAGCCUCUCCCUGCGCGUGGCGGACGAGAUGGACCUGAACCUGGGCCACGAGGUGGGCUACUGCGUGCCCCACGAGGACUGCUGCAGCAGCGACACCAUCCUCAGGUACUGCUCGGACGAGAUGCUGCUGCGGGAGAUGACGUCGGACCCGCUGCUGCGGCAGUACGGGGUGCUGGUGCUGGACGAGGCGCAGGAGCGCACGCUGCCCACGGACGCGCUGCUGGGGCUGCUCAGGGACGUGCUGGGCCAGCGCCCCGCGCUCAAGGUGGUGGUGGUCACCUCGCUGGCCAUGGAGGAGCGGCUCCGCGCCUUCUGCGGGGACCCCCCCGUGGUGCGGGUGCCGGCGCGCGGGGAGCCCCCGCUGCUGCUGUACCGGGAGCCGCCGGGGCAGGGCCGCGUGGCCGCUGCGUGCCAGGCGGUGCUGGACAUCCACCGGCGGCAGGAGCAGGGGCACGUCCUGCUCUUCAUGGCCAGCGAGCAGGAGAUCACCGAGGCCUGCAUUGCCCUGCGGAGGGAGGCGGCCGCGCUGCCCCCAGGCCUGGGCCCGCUGCUGGUGCUGCCGCUGCACCCGGGCCUGGGCCGCGCCGCACAGGGCAUCUACGAGGGGCUGGAGGAGGGCGGCCGCGGGCGCCGCGUCCUCGUCAGCCAGGGGCUGGCCGAGGCCUCCUUCUCCAUGGGCGGCGUCCGCUUCGUCAUCGACAGCGGGCUGGAGCUGCGCAGUGUCUACAACCCCCGCAUCCGCGCAGAGUCCCAGGUCCUGCGGCCCAUCAGCAAGAGCCAGGCCCAGUCCCGCAUGGAGCGCGCCACCGGUACCCCCCCCGGCACCUGCCUGCGCCUCUACUCAGAGGCCUUCUAUGAGCAGCGGCUGCCGCCCGGGCCCGUGCCCCACAUCAGCGAGAGCAGCCUCAGCCGCCUCGUGCUGCUGCUCAAGCGCCUCGACAUCGCCGACAUGGGCCAGUGCCACUUCCUUGACCGGCCAGCGCCCGAAUCCCUGAUGCAAGCCCUGGAGGACCUGGACUAUUUGGCCGCUCUGGAUGACGAUGGGAACCUCUCGGAGCUGGGGAUCAUCAUGUCCGAGUUCCCGCUGGACCCGCAGCUGGCCAAGGCGCUCAUCGCGGCCUGCGAGUUCGACUGCGUGCAGGAGAUGGUCAGCCUGGCCGCCAUGCUCACCGCAUCCCCCUGCUUCCUGCCCCCCCCCCCGCACAUGGAGGAGGCCGUGGCCAUGCACCGCCGGGCCCUGCUGCACCCCGAUGGAGACCACUUCACCCUCAUCAACAUCUUCAACGCCUUCCAGGAGCAUGAGGCGGACGAGGGCUGGUGCCGCAAGCACGCAGUGAAUGCGGCUGCCCUGCGCCUGGCCAGCAUCGUGCGCUCGGAGCUGCUGGAGGUGAUGCAGCGCAUCGAGCUGCCCGUGUCCCCCCCCGCCUUCGGCACCUACGCCAAUGUGCUCAACAUCCAGAGAGCCCUCAUCUCCGGGUACUUCCUCAAGGUGGCCCGGGACAUCGACGGCUCCGGCAACUACGUGAUGCUGACGCACAAGCACGUGGCCCACUUGCCCCCGUCCUGCUGCUACCUGCUGCGGCAGCCCCCGCGGCGCCUGCCCCCGUGGGUGCUGUACCACGAGUUCACCAUCUCCCAGGACAACUGCCUGCGCGUGGUCUCGGAGAUCCAGCCCCAGAUGCUGGUGGCGCUGGCUCCCCAGUACUACCUGAGCAACCUCCCGCCCAGUGAGAGCCGCGACCUGCUCAUGGCGCUGCGGGAGGAGGUGGCGGCUGCGGGGGAUGCGCCGGCGGUGCCCGCAGCGCUGGGACCGGCGCCCGGCGGCGGGGAUGGGGAUGGGGAUGGGGAUGAGGAUGCGGAUGAGGAUGGGGACAAGGAGGUGUGUGCGCUGCAGUGA